AUGACAGCCGACGACGAGUUUCUGGCCAGCGGAGACCAAAUCCUCUCCUGCACACCCUCAGCCAUGCCUGCUACUACCAAACCUGCCAGGAGACAGACACCUGCCCAGAGAAAAAAUGCCCAGAAAGUAAUCGGCAACAAGAGGCAAACCUGCAACUCAAAUAAACCCCAAGGAAGAGCCACAGAGAGGCCCCAGAAAACACCUGCAGAACCAAAAAAGUCAACAGUCAGAGCCCAGGCACAGUCAGGCCGAAGCCCCCGUGGAAGAGGGGUUAGUGGGCCUGCUGGUCAGGGCCCUGGGAGGUCCCCUGGCAGAGUUAACCAUGCCCUAAAUGUAACAGGAUCUACAAGGCUUAGGCGACCGAGCAAUCUGCCUGACCACUGUGGCGACUUACAAGCCCCCCUAGGGCGAAGGACAUCCCUGCGGGGCACGCGGGUGUCUGUUUCUCCUUGCCAGCCUCCUAAACCAUGCAGAGGAGGGAGAAACAGCAGGGGGAGCGCAGGGAGAGGGGCAGCAUCACAGCACGGAAACACAAGAAACAAGCCCUCAAGCACCAGUAUCAACGAUUCAGCUCCUGACGAGGAUGAAGAGGAAAACAAGAAACUUGACUCCUGUGAUGUUGAAGAAAUUCUUCCAGUGUCUCUAAAAACUGAGUUUGAAGUUCCCGCAAUUAUCAAAGAUCAGGGUCCAGGAGUCAAAAAUGUUUUAGAGGGCAGCCCUCUUAAAGCAGAUCCAGCACCGUGUAAUGACACACUGGAAGACUGUGUGGAGUGCAGCUGUGACAGUACUUCAACCAAGAAAGACAAAAACACUGUCAGUCAUAACAAUGAAGAUGACCUGAGGUGUGUGACUGGGGCCACCGUCGGUGACGAUGUUGAUGGACAGCUCAAACUCUGCAGUGACAGAAGCAAAGACAGCCCCUCUGAGCCCUCUGCGCUAACGAGUAGCGGCUCACCAGGGGUGCAGGGUUGCUGCGAGGGAAAUGACACUUCAUCUAUCCUUGGAAAUAAGCUACUUGGCGGUGAUAGUAAGCAAGAUGAUGUGUGUACUGUCCAUCAAGAGGAAGGUAACUUGUUGGACUUGAAAGAGAAUAGGACAGAUGAAAGAGUGAUAGUUGUCACUGAGAGAAAAGAAGAGAUAAAUCAUGAGAGAAGAGCGAGUUUAGAGGCAGACAAAGCAGUUGAGAGACAAAACGAGACUGUGGAAGAGAUGGAGGACACUGUUGAGAAGCUGGGUUACUGUAAGGGAGAAGAACGAGGAAAAAAAGAAAAGGAGAAUGAUGUAUGCAUCAAUCCUACUGACCUCCACCCCGGCACUCCAGCCUCUCAACCUCCGGAUCCUCCUAACUCUAACGAUGAACUGACAGCACAGUCAGAAUCACCUGUAAGUGUGCUACCAGUCUCCAACACAGCUACCUCAAAUCCCACCAAAGCCCCCUCCACCUCAGAGGCACUUGAACUAGAGGUUCUGAGCCAGGGUAAGACAGACAUGCAACCUACCAUUCAUGGUGCUAAACCUCACUUCCCAGAGUCCUCAGUUGUUCCUGAAACUGCCCUGAUGUUGCAGACUGUUCUAGUGAAAAGAAACACGCCAGUUAUUAUCCAUAGUGACUCCCUCAAACCUAGAAGCUUGAGGGAUUCUAGCCAGGGGGAACCACACCAACUGCAAAGGCCAGAGCUCCCUUCUCCUCAGGGAGAAAGACAAGCUUGCACACCAGCAGAGACGCAGACCAAAGAUCGUGAAUCCAAUCCAGAGGCAUUGGAGCGCCACAGCCAGAAAGAGACAUCUUCGUUGUCAUUGUCACUAGUUCCUCAGUCAAGCACAGAUCCCCGCACAGCUGAGUGUGAACCAACCCUCAGAGAGGACAGCGUUGUCGUAGCAGUGACGGAGCCGGACUCAGUGCCAAAGAUCUCGACUCCCUCUCUGGACAGUAGCUCCACUUUGUCCUGCAGCUCAGAAAGCACUCGCUCCUCUUUUUCAUUCGAUACUGAAUCAGAGGCAGGGUAUGGAGAGCCCAGCCUUGCUAUUCUACCAAGAUCCUGGGGGGCAGAGGGGGGCUGCUUGCCCUCGUGGACUGCUCCGAAAUCACAGAAGAAAGAGAGGAAGAAGCGGAGCAGGUGCGGGGCGUGCGAGCCAUGCCUGAGGAAGAUCAACUGUGGCCAAUGCAGCUGCUGCCUCAACCGCAGGACUGGCCACCAGAUCUGUAAGCUGAGGAAGUGCGUGGAACUGAAGAGGAGAAGACCUUCAUCUCCGCUCACUCUCUCUGCUGCACAGGUGGUUCCAGAGAGUGGGUCGGUAAAUGGCAAAGGCAAGGCACAGAUGGAUGACACCCACACGGCAGCAGAGGAGGAUGAGGGGGAGGAAGGCCACAUACCUUACACACAACCUCCCCCCAUCGACGACUCGCUCACCCAUAACCCGGUCUCGGACCAAGUCGGACAGCCAGCACUUAAAAGAGAGCCCGGGCUGGAGCUGACCAGCAUUGCACUUCACCAACAAGUAUGCUCUUCUGUGACUUUACAGAAUGGUUCUGCUGAGAACCUGACAAAACCUAAUGGUGCUAAUAUGACCACUGGGUCACACUCUAAUCUGAAGUCUGCAUUUAAAAGAACUGUGAUGACAUCAGAGCCUCAAAGGACUAUAAUAGCUGCAAUUCCUAAGGACUGCUCUGAGAACAGACCUAAGACUCCUCCAGAUGACAUGUCUGUUCCACUGAAGAAGAUCAAGCUGAAGGAGCCGUGGACCUGGAUCACUGAACAUCCCACCACACAGCGGAGGGAUGAAGAUGAGGUCUGCGAAGACCCACUGUCCACACUGGCUGCCGUGGUGUGUCUUUCUGUCACAGAGAGGAAGGGAUUGGAGGAGGAACUCUUCUGCUCAAGUUCUUCCAUUCUUCGCUUCAUCAAAACAGAGCCGCCAGAUUUGCACUUCGUCAAAAAAGAGCCAGAGGACUUAAAGAUUGACUUGUGUCAGAAAAGCACUCCUGUUAGCCUGCAAAGGACUCCCCAGCCUAUGAAAAGUGAACCUCCUCCAAGUAGCUUGCUACCAAGCGUGCAGUCUUUGGCAGAGAAGAGAAAUCUUAGUUUUGAUCAGGCUAUUGCUAUUGAGGCCUUGACUCAGCUGGCAGCUAUACCUGAAAGCACCCCAGGGUCCAUUAAAGCUGAAAGUAAGUGUGAACAUCCCAUUUCUACUGCUGCCCCAUUUUCAACCUCCAACACAAAUACAUCCCUGCAAGAAGCCAAACCCACAGUGGCUAUCCGCUACAACAAAGUCUCGGUCAUAAGCUCACCACUACACCAGACAUCAGUCAUACGCCCUCCUGUGGCCAGACAAGGGAAUGUCAUCCAGUGUUCCCGGGGGUCAAACUCUAACACAAAACCAUCUCUGCAGGAUCUCUUAGAGGCCAGCUCCGACAGUGAUAGAGCACCCUGCAGGAGGACAGAGCAGGGCUUUGGUUCUCAUGUCAUCAAGUCAGAAUGCAGCUACAAAGAUCCCAGUGACAUGAGGUUCAGGAGAAACAGAGAUGAGGAGGAAGUGGCAGCUCAGCUGGCAGACCUGGCCUUCAUCAUCCAGGCGCGACACAGCCAGCAGUCAGAGAACAACCCUCCAAAAGGAACACCUGUAUCAGCCAUCAAAUACACCUACAACUCCCAGCUACCAUCUAGUCAGAAAAAGACCCUCAUAAAAAAAGCAAAAGCUACACCCUCCAAGCCCAGAAAGAAGAAGACAAGUGAUGGACUAAAUGAGGGAGUCAGCCGCAGGACUCCCCUCUCGAAACGCAUGCCAAAUGGAGAGACACCCCACAGGGGCAGAGGCCAGAAGAUUCUCCCACAGGGGAAAUCAGGCCUUCACCACAAGAGGAACCUGUUUCUGCCUCAGGCUCAAAUUGACCUGAAGAGAUACUUGGCUGAGGCUCAGGAGGAAAGGAGGCAACUCAUCCAUCACAGUAACACACACAAUACAGCCCUUGUAGGGCCACAGAACUACAGCACUCUCACAAGGAUCAACUACACUUGUGGUCAAGAAAACCAGCCAUGGUCCCUUACAAACGGCCCACUCCACCAACACAAUCCAUGCAAUGGUCAUCCUGCGGGACCAGAGCAGGAGUGCGAAAGGCAUUUGUUAACUCAGGUAGCGCAGCCCUCUGGUGGGCUGCAACACGGUGCUGAUCCUAACAACAGCCCAGCCAAUGCCGCUUUCCUUAGCCACACCGCCGGGCACCAUGGUCUGGCUAAUGGCUUCUCAGGGGCUCGGCAGUCCCCUCCUCCAAGCCAGCAGGGCUACUACAAGCUGGAGAAGGCAGGACCUGUCACUGUCCUGUCCACGGCUACUGAUGGGGAUCUGGGCCACUCUGCAGAGUCAACUCCAUCCAAGAACAGCAUCAACAGCUUUCUGGAGUCUCCAAUGAGUUUUUUGGAUACCCCUACCAAGAACCUGCUCAAUACACCUUCCAAAAAAGUGGCUGAUCUUCCAUCCUGUCAAUGCAUGGAUCAAAUCAUUGAAAAGGAGGAAGGCCCUUACUACACUCACCUUGGGGCAGGACCUAGUGUUGCUGCAGUGAGGGAAUUGAUGGAAAACCGGUACGGUACCAAAGGAAAUGCAGUAAGGGUGGAAGUUGUCGUUUAUACUGGGAAGGAAGGAAAGAGCUCCCAGGGGUGUCCAAUAGCUAAAUGGGUGAUCCGGCGUGGUAGCGAAGAGGAGAAGCUGCUGUGUUUGGUCCGCCAGAGGCCAGGGCACUACUGUGACACUGCUGUGUUGGUGAUCCUCAUCCUGGCUUGGGAGGGAAUCUCUCGGCCGGUGGCGGACCACCUCUACCAGGAGCUCACAGAGACACUUUUUAAAUAUGGUUCCCCCACCAGCCGUCGCUGUGCCCUCAAUGAAGAUCGUACAUGUGCAUGCCAGGGUCUGGAUCCAGACACAUGUGGAGCUUCGUUUUCCUUUGGCUGCUCCUGGAGUAUGUACUUCAAUGGCUGUAAGUUUGCCCGCAGCAAAGUGCCCCGCAAGUUUCGCCUGCUUGGAGACUACAGGGAGGAGGAGGAGAAAAUAGAGAAUAACCUUCAGAGUCUCGCCACUGACCUCUCACCACUCUACAAAAGACUGGCUCCUGAGGCCUUUCAAAACCAGGUGGAACAUGAGGAGACAGGGGAGGGAUGCCGGCUGGGAUCAAGGAUGGGACGUCCGUUUUCUGGGGUCACGGCCUGUGUGGAUUUCUGUGCUCACGCUCACAAAGACACUCACAACAUGAAUAAUGGCAGCACUGUGGUUUGCACUUUAACCAAGGAAGAUAACCGUGCAGUGCGUAACAUACCAGAAGAUGAGCAGCUCCAUGUUCUGCCACUUUACAAGAUCUCUGACAGGGAUGAGUUUGGUCAGGUUGAGGGCCAGUGGGCUAAAAUCCAGAGUGGUGCUCUGCAAGUUCUGUCUUCCUUUCCCCGAGAGGUGCGUCUACUGGCUGAGCCAGUGAAAUCAGCCCGUAAGAUAAGGCAAGAAGCUAAGGCAAGGGCUCAAGCAGAGAGACUGGAGAAGAAGCUCGGGCUGACUCUCACUCCUGGGAAAGUGAAAAACGAAACCCCCAACAAAGAUCCACAGGGCUGCUACAGCUCAUACAGAAUACCACCCAGACCUGCCAGCGUUGGAAGGUUUCCACCAGAGAGGAACCAACACAGCACUUACAGCCAGAGCACCAGCAGCUACCCCACUCCGGGUCCCGGAGUCACCCCACAGAGGGAGAUCGUUUCCCCCAACCACCACGGCCUCCAGUUUGGACAGAACGGCUCAGCUCUCUGUUAUAAGACAAUGAGUGACAGCGUGAAUGGUUAUUCUCCAGCAUCUGGUGACCAGAGUGUUCAGUCAGAACGUAUACCUCCACAUAAUGCCCUUAGUGACUACCCCUGUACUUUUAAAACUGAGCCCAACGAGGAGCACUGCUCUCCUCUGCGCAGACCCACCCCCAGUGGGAGUGCUCCUCCUCCCUCCUCCUUCUCCCCGAGACCUACCUCUGAGGGCCUCUUCAGCAGGCUCAAUGGACUCCACAGGGCUGCAGGAGAUGUCACGGCAGAGGUCAGGGGUCAUGGCCUCCCUCCGUUCUCAUCUCUUCAGCUUCCCCCACAAACUCUCCAUCUUGAGCCAGAGGAAGUUAAACAGGAAGAGGUGUGGUCAGACAGCGAGCACAACUUCCUGGACCACGACAUAGGCGGAGUCGCUGUGGCACCAUCACACGGUUCCAUCCUCAUAGAGUGUGCACGGCGGGAGCUCCAUGCCACCACCCCUAUCCUCAGGCCAAACCGCAGCCACCCCACCCGCAUCUCCCUGGUCUUCUACCAGCACAAGUCUCUAAAUGAGCCAGGCCACGGGAUGGCUAUGUGGGACGCCAAAAUGGCUAAGAGGGAACGGGAUAGGGAGGAGGAGGCUGAGAGAUUAAGGAUGGGGGACAGCCCGAGCAGUGUGGGGAAGAAUGGCAAAGGAAUGGGAGGUGUGGAGCUAGAGGAGGAGACAGGGGAGGAGACAGAGGAGACAAGGAGGGUCAUGAAUGUCCCCACACGCCAAGCAUGGACCCUCCCGAGGGAUGGUGUCAUCACCGUGUCCCCUUAUGCUCUUACUCAAGUGACGGGCCCUUACAAUCGCUGGACUUAG